GAAGCAAGAUUCCCAGAUGUGAAGGAGGAAUACAUAGAAGAGCUAAUCAGCAUCAAGAACUGCUAUGACUUAAAUGUGCUUUGUAACUUUCUUUUGGAAAAUCCAGAUUACCCAAAGAAGGAAGGCAGAGUGGUUUUAAAUCCCAGCAGCAGCCUGCUUGCCAGCCAAGAUGAGACAAAGGUGCCUAAAGUGGACUACUUUGACUUUUCCAAACUUGCCCCACUUGAUCAGCGGUGCUUUAUUCAGGCGGCUGACCUCCUCAUGGCAGACUUCAAAAUGCUGAGCAGCCAAGACAUUAAGUGGGCGCUACAUGAACUCAAGGGACACUAUGCAAUCACACGAAAGGCCUUUUCAGAUGCUAUCAAAAAAUGGCAGGAGCUGUCUCCCGAAACCAGUGGGAAACGAAAAAGGAGGAAAGAAAUGAAUCAGUAUUCUUACAUAGACUUCAAGUUUGAGCAAGGGGAUGUGAAAAUUGAGAAGCGCAUGUUCUUCCUGGAGAACAAGAGACGGCACUGGAGGUCCUAUGACAAGCUCUCUCUUCUCCCACCGGUGCUACUGGAGCAAGAAUUCUAUGAACAGAAGGUUAAAGAGAUGGCAGAGAUGAAUGAGGAGCAGUAUCAGAAGGAUGGUCAGAUGAUAGAGUGCCGCUGUUGUUACGGGGAGUUUGCGUUUGAAGAGCUAACGCAGUGUGCAGAUGGUCACUUGUUCUGCAAGGAGUGCCUAAUUAAAUAUGCUCAGGAGGCAGUCUUUGGCUCUGGGAAGUCAGAGCUCAGCUGCAUGGAAGGCAGUUGCUCGUGUUCAUUCCCCACCAGCGAGCUGGAAAAAGUGCUUCCAGAGAACAUCCUCUGUAAAUACUAUGAGCGGAAAGCUGAGGAGGAGGUGGCUGCUGCCUGUGCAGAUGAGCUUGUCAGGUGUCCAUUCUGCAACUUCCCGGCUCUACUGGACAGCGAUGUGAAGCGGGAAACAUGUCGGAAGUGCCAGGGGCUGUGGAAGGAGCACAUGAACCUCACCUGCGAGCAGCUGGCCGAGAAGGAUGACAUCAAAUACAGGACAGCCAUAGAAGAGAAAAUGACGGCUGCCCGCAUUAGAAAAUGCCACAAGUGUGGGACCGGCCUCAUUAAGUCGGAGGGUUGCAACCGCAUGUCCUGCCGCUGCGGUGCUCAGAUGUGCUACCUCUGCCGAGCUGCCAUUAACGGGUACGACCACUUCUGCCAACACCCCCGGUCGCCCGGGCCUCCCUGCCAGGACUGUGCAAAGUGCUCACUCUGGACAGAUCCCACAGAAGAUGACGAGAAAAUAAUCCAGGAGAUUCAGAAAGAGGCUGAAGAGGAGCAAAGGAAGAAAAAUGGAGAGAACAGCUUCAAGCGGAUCGGCCCUCCUGCGGAAAAGCCUAUGGAGAAAAUUCAGAGAAUUGAAGUCAUCCCCAGACCUGUUCCUCAGAACCUCCAUCAGCCCCGGAUGCCCCCUUACCCCUUCGUGCACCCGCCCUUCCCGCUCCCUCCUGUCCGUCCCAUGUACAACAACAUCCCCCUCAACAUCGGCCCUAUCCCUGCCCCCUACGUGCCCCCGUUACCUAACAUGAGGGUGAACUACGAUUUUCCCCAGAUCAACGUUCAGCUGGAGCACAACUUGCCUAUGCACUUUGGCCCGCAGCCUCGGCACCGCUUCUGA